AUGGCAGGCGGGCGGCGGCGUGGCAGCGGCGGGCGGCGCGGGGGACCCCAGCAGCACCUGAGGAACCCUGAACCCACCGCCUCGCCUGCACCCCUCUCUCCCCCAGCCACUGUGCCCCAGCCAAAGGCAGGAGCUGCCCCCAAAAGCAGCUGCCCCAAGAAGCCUGCGCAGGAGGCGGUGGCAAGGGCUCUGGAUGUGGACUCGCUGGGUUUCCAGGCCAUGGACCGCAACGUGCCGGGACUGUCCCACGUCAUCCUCCAGAAGCUCAACAUGAAGAGCUACGAGGACUACAAGUCUGCCAUGGACGGGAGGAAGAGUGGCAGCGAUUUCGGCAUCCGGACCUACUUUGACAUGUUCCAGAAGAUGGAGGACACCUUCAAGUUCUGUGCUGAGUGCAAGAAGCUCCCUGAUGCCCUCCCUGACCCCAAAAGCCUCCGGCGAUGCAAGCGGUGCCAGAAUGUGUACUACUGCAGCGUGGUGUGCCAGCGUGCCAACUGGCCGCUGCACAAGAAGUUCUGCAAGAAGCUGAAGCUGGUGGCUCUGGACCGGCUGGUGGAGUGGCUCGUCUUCACAGGAGACAUCCCCUUCCCCACAGAGCCCUGGACGAAGCCCGCCGGGGAGGUGAGGGGCUGGGAGGACUGGUUCUGCAUGCAGGGGCAGCUGGAGGAGAAGCUGGACAGCAUCGUGGCCAGGCGCUACAUGAGCCUGCUGUGGGCCAACGCAGGCAAGCCGCGGCCGGAGGACUGGGAGCUGCGUGACUCCGUCCGGCGCCUGGUCACCGACUUCCACUCGCGGCCGCUCACCCUUGGCCUGGGGCUGCGCUUCUUUGGCAUCAGCCCCCUGGGCAAGGCCCUCACCGUGCAUGUGGUGGGGGCGUCCCAUGUGGAGACCCUCAACACCCGCCCCACAGACUACAACGAGCUGGCGCGGAUGUUCCCGGGGCUCCGCGGGGUGGAGGUGGUGAUGGUGGGAGUGGACGUGGUGGAGGGACCCAUCAUGAGGCCACCCUUGGCCAUGCCGGCGCCCCCGGGAGAGGUCUAUCUCAGCAGCUACAGAGGGCUCUACCAUGACUUCUGGGAGAGCCAUGUGGAGACCAAGCUGGCUGCCCGCCCUGACCUGGUGGUGGGCUUUCAUCCAGGUUUUCAUGCCUGCCCAGACCUGCUGGCGGGCUGGCUGCCCACCCUGCUGCUGCUGCGGGACUACCGCCUGCCCGUCCUCUUCACCGUCUACAGUGAGCAGGAGCUGAAGGCCUCCCUGCAGAUCCUGGUGGAGCUUGAGAUGCACAUCCUGGGCUACGCUGCCAACCCCUUCGCCUCGCUGCGGCCAGAGCAGGUCUAUUCCAGCCCCAACAAGGCCCCAGUGUACUGCAGCUCCCACUUCAUUGCCCUGCUGGGGCUGGCAGCAUCAGCUGUGCCAGGGGCUGAGGAGCUGGAGAAUGAUGAUGGUUGACAGGGAGGGGAUCCCGGUGCCACUGGUGUGGCUGGGGGCAGCACCCCAGGGUUGGGCUGACCUCCUGCAGCCAGCAGUGCCCACACAAUACCCAUCCCAGGAUCCAGCAGUCCCUUGUGGCACACAUCCAGUCCUGGGGCGGGUCACAGCAGCCUGGGACAGGGGUGGCACUUUUGGUGGCACUAAAUAAAGCACCACUGCC